AUGUGGGGGUUAAUGCAUCUCAUCAAGAAUCCUGAGGUCUUGCGUAAAAUACGAACAGAGCUGAAUACAGUCACUGGUGGCAAUAGAUCGAUUUCAUUAUCUGACAGAGAUCACACUCAAUACCUGAACUGGACUAUACUGGUAAAUUACCUUGAAUUCGUCUCAGUAGAUGUGAAAAAAUAUCUACAA